AUGGAACCUCCAUGGGUGGAAGUAUAUUGGUGGAUAAUUAAUAAUUACAGGCUGGUAGAGAAAAUGCAGUCAAGAGAAGCGACAAACACAAUGUGGGAAAAAAGAUGGAAGAACAACGAUCUUCCUUGGGACAUGCCCCAGGGGAGUCCAUACGUAACACAAUACUUUCAAGAUAUGGUUCAAGGAACUGUAAAAGGAAAACGUGUCUUGGUUCCUUGCUGCGGUGCAACAGUUGAAAUGUUUUUGCUUUAUAAGCAAAAAGUAGCAGUUGUUGGAGUUGAAUUUUCCGAAGCAGCUUAUGUUGAUAUGCUUGGAGGACUUUUCGAUUAUUGUGUGGAUAUUGGUGGUUUGGUAUCAACAGCUGCUGAGGAGCGUCAACGUUAUGUUGCACAAGUGACAAAGUUAUUGGUGCCGCAAGGGCGAGUAUUGUUAGAAUGUUUUGAAUAUGAUAUGUCUCUCCGCAAGCAACCACCAUAUAGCAUUCCAACUGAAACUUUAAAACAAUACUUAAGUGAUGUAUAUGAAAUCAAGGAGCUUAGAAGAAACACAGAAGAUGAAUUGCCACGAAAAUGUAUAGCCCAUGAUAAGUUGAUAUACAAUACUGUCCAUGUUGUAUAUCAACUUAUCAGAAAAUCUGUGUGCGAAUCAAAGAAUGCAAAAUAA